UCAAAAAUAGUGGACUUUCUCAUUUAUUUAAUCAAUUGCUGGAUUUUAAAAAGAUUUUUCCUCGACAUCACAAUCUUUCUCAAUUGUAUUUAUUCGUUCAAUAAUUGAACCUUCAAUUCAAACAAUUAAUUUCAUUUUAAUCCUUUAAUAUAUUUUAUUUUUAAUAAUAAUAAUAAUAUAUAAAAAUAAACCGAUAUAAAAGUGUAUACAUCUCUUCUCUGCUAUUUUCUGAUUGACAAAAAUGGCGGGAAUUUGGGCAGCACUCUCUGCGAUUGCAUUCGUUUAUCUUCUUCUUCAACAACUGCUCAAAAACCUGUCAAUGAAGAAAAAAUCGCCGCCGAGCCCGUUCGGGCUUCCGAUUAUAGGCCAUUUACACCUCCUGGGGAAGAACCCCCACCAGGAUCUGCACCGCCUGGCCCGGAAGCACGGCCCGAUCAUGGGGUUCCGGCUCGGAUUCGUCCCGGCCGUCGUCGUCUCCUCCCCCGCCGCGGCGGAGCUAAUCCUGAAAACGCACGACGCCGUAUUCGCCAGCAGGCCGAAGAUCAUCGCCGUCGACUCCGUGAGCUACGAGCAGAGGAACCUCGUCUUCGCGGCGCACGGGCCGUACUGGCGCAACAUGAGGAGGCUCUGCACGUCGGAGCUUCUGAACGCCGCCAGGAUCGCCCAAUUCCAGGCGGCGAGGCGCGCGGAGGUCCGCCUGCUUGUGACCUCGCUGAAAUCGGCGGCGGAAUUGGGGGAAAUUGUGGAUCUGAGCGCUAGGGUUACGGGAUUGAGCGCCGACAUGAAUUGUGUGAUGGUGUUUGGGAGAAAAUACGAUGACAGUGAUUUGGGGGAGAUGGGGUUUAAAUCUGUGUUCAUGGAGACCGCCGAGAUUAGUGCGAAAUUCAAUCUGGCCGAUUAUUUUCCGUUUAUUGGUGCGCUUGAUUUGCAGGGGUUGAAUAGUCGGAUCAAGGAAUUGGGCAAGGUUUUCGACGGAUUUCUCGAGAAAAUAAUCGACGACCAUUUGCAGGAGAAGCCGGAGAAGAAGGAGACUAAGGACUUCGUUGAUACAAUGAUGGCGGUUAUGAACUCCGGCGAAGCUGGAUUCGAAUUCGAUCGCCGCCAUGUCAAAGCCGUUUUACAAGAUAUGCUCAUUGCAGGAACAGACACUUCAUCAACAUCAGUCGAAUGGGCAAUAUCGGAACUCAUAAGGCAUCCGUCCAUAAUGAAGAAACUCCAGAAAGAACUAGAGUCAACAGUCGGGUUAAACCACAUGGUCGAAGAAUCACAUCUCGAAAAACUCGAGUACCUAGACUUUGUCGUAAAGGAAACCCUACGCCUCCAUCCGCCAGCUCCCCUUCUAAUCCCUCGCGAGUCCAUGGAAGACUGCACCAUCAAUGGAAUAUUCCAUAUACCGAAAAAAUCGCGAGCCAUAGUCAAUGUGUGGGCCAUCGGUCGAGACCCUAGUGCGUGGGCCAACCCUGAGACCUUCUGGCCCGAGAGAUUUGCGGGUAGCGAUGUAGAUUCUAGGGGCCGCGAUUUUCAGCUCAUACCGUUUGGUUCGGGCAGGAGGAGCUGCCCCGGGCAGCAAUUAGGGUUGACUGUGGUCAAGUUGAUGUUGGCUCAGUUGGUGCAUUGCUUCGAUUGGGAGCUUCCGAAUGGAAUGUUGCCAAGCGAUCUCGAUAUGUCCGAGCACUUUGGUGUUGUUAUGUCUAGAGCCGAGCAUCUUAUGUUGAUUCCAAAGUAUCGAUUAAUUGCGUGAAAUGUUUAUUUGAUACGGAAAAUUUAUUAACAAUAAGUACGUGUAAGUACGUACACUUGUUUUUGGUUUCGAUUAAAGCCCAUCAGUUCAAAUUU